AUGAGUGGAUGUCGUCCUGUAGAUACCCCUAUGGAUCUUAAUGCUAAACUUUGGGGAGAAGUUAAUGUUUCUGUUGAUACUGGGAGAUAUCAGAUAUUGGUUGGGAAAUUGAUUUAUUUGUCACACACCCGACCUGAUAUUGCUUUCUUAGUUAGUGUAGUGAGUCAAUUUAUACAUUCUCCUUUCGAGGAACAUCUUGAGGCAGUCUAUAAGAUACUGCGAUAUUUGAAGGGAAAUCCUGGAAAAAGAUUACUUUUUAAGAAGACUAGUUCAGUCACAGAUAAAAGAUCAACCUCUGGAAUAUAUACCUAUGUUUGGGGUAAUCUUGUGACAUGGAGGAGCAAGAAACAAGGAGUUGUAGCAAUGAAUAGUGCAGAGGCCGAGUUUAGAGCUAUGUCUCAAGGUAUUUGUGAAGGAUUAUGGAUCCUUAGAGUCCUAGAAGAACUUAAGAUGAAAAUUCAGCUUCCAUUGAAAUUGUACUCUGAUAGUAAAGCUGCUAUUAGCAUAGCUCAUAAUCCAGUUUAA